AUGAUCAUCAUAGGUCUUAUCAAUGGUAUUUUAUCUAUGAUUACAUUUAAGAAUAAAGCAACACAUCAAGUUGGUUGUGGUUUUUUUUAUCUCUUAGAUUCAUCGAUUACUACUUUACUUAUAAUAACACAAAUGACAUAUAAUACAAAUCGAUUAUUCUUAUAUAUUCAAUGUUUAUCAAUGGAUUUUCUCCUACGAAUUUUUCUCAGUAUGGAUAAAUGGUUAAAUGCAUGUGUAGCUGCAGAACGAGCAUUUGCCACAAUAAAAGGAACUAAUUUUAAUAAGAAGAAAAGUAAACAAGUAGCUAAAUAUAUUAUUUUGACUCUUAUUUUCUUAACAAUUAGUACAACUAUUUAUGAUUCUAUUCAUCGACUUCUGUUAGAUGAUGAUGAUGAGAAACCAUUGAAAAAUUAUUUUGUCAAUUUGAACAUAUAUGAAUUGUCGACUGAUUCAACAGCAACAGAUGAAGAAAAAGAACAUGAACGUCGAUCAAAUAUUAUUUCAACUCGAAUCUUUGUCAUUGUUUUUAUCAUCGUUCUAGUUGGACUCGCUAUUAUUAUGAAAACAAGAAGUCGAAAUACACUUAUAAUAGUUGAAAAUCCAAGUGAAGAUCAAUUCACAAAUUUACCAUCGGAUACUCAUUGUUCAUGUUCUCGUAUAUCAUUAACCUAUGGUGAAUUUAUUUCAAUUCAAACUCGAUAUCAUCAGAUAUGUUCAAGUGAUUUUAUAUCUGAUCGAUGGAUUAAAACAAUUAAUUUUGGUUUAAAUACAACGUAUUUUUCCGCCUAUGACUUUCGAACAGAAGGGAGUGCAAUAUUUCAAUCACUUGAAAGUUUUUGUCGACUUUCAAAAGAUUAUGCUAUUCAAAGUAUUGAUUCAUUCAAUAAAGAUUUAUUUAUAACUCCAGAAGCUUUAAAAGAAUCUGUAUUUCAAUCCCAAACAAAUGUUACUAUUCAUCAGUUUCAAUUAUCAUCAUCUAUCGAAUUCACAGCACAAUUAGAAUUAAUACAAAAACUAAUAGCCGGAAACCGUUUUCUAUCUGCUCUUCAGACUGAUUAUAUGCAAUGGUAUAUGCCUUGGCAGGACAAUGCAGUUCUAAUUCAGGUACAUAAUCGAGCUUUCUUGGAUACACAGCAAUUCUCAUCAUGUUCUUGUCGGAUCGAUAUUGAUUGUAACAUAGAAUCAAUGAUAUUUAAUGAAUUCGAACAACCUUAUAUUGAGUAUCUUCCGCCUGAUGAUACAACAUUAAUGAAAAUUCCUGGAAUGUUGCAUAGCUGUUUACCAGUAAAUACAAUUCUUCUCUCAACAUUAGAAUGUUUUUACAAUCAAACAUGUUUAAAUAAUCUUGUUUCAUUAUUACCAACGACUGAAACUUUUACAGCAAUGUCACAAUUCGAACAAAGUCGUUACAAGUUAAAUUCAACAAUACAAACUAUUAUUGACAAUUUAAUGAUUGAAGAAUGGGUGAUCAAUAUUUCUUAUAAGAAAUAUUAUGACCAAUGUGCUCCUAUUUCAUGUACUUAUUUUAAGAAUGAGAAAUAUGAUUGGAAAUUUGUACUGACACAAUUAAUUGGUUUAUUAGGAAUUUUAAUAAUGGUAUGUAGUUUGAUCAUAGAAAAUAUAGUUGGAUUCA